AUGGCCGCCCCUGGCCGCUUCUGGGCGAGGUUCCAGGGCCUGCGGCGCGCGGAGGGGCCCGCGGAGCCGGCCGCGGGGGCCGCCACGACGGGCCCGCCCGCCGAGGUCUGCCUACUGGCCGCCGCUGGGGGAGGCACGCCCGGCGCCACUGCGGGCGCUCCCGACGGCGGCGGCAGCCGCGGCGAGGCGCCGAGCGAGGAGGGGCCCCGGCGCCCGCCGCCCGAGGAGGGCGCCGGGGCCCCGCCCGAGGGGCCGCGGGACGCAGGCGGCUUCAGGCACAGCGGAUCCGUGGAGAGCCAGAGCCUGCUGUCUUCGUACUGCUCCGACUACUCGGACAGCAAGUCGUCGCCUCGCGCCGGGAGGCGCAAUUCGAGGGGCUCCUCGGACGCGGAGGUGCAGCUCGCCGACGACGUGCACAGGUUCCUGGAGUUCGCGCCGGUGGGCAAGCGCCGCCGCGGGCGUCGCCGCGUUGCCAACCAGUCGCGGAUCCGCCGCGGGAACUCCACGCUCGCGGACGCCCUCUUCGAUGUCCCAGAGGACGACGAGGCCGUCGGAAAGAUCACGAUGAGCGCUGGGGGGCAGCGCUCCCGGGCGGCCAGGUCGAGAGCCCAGCGCGGGGUCUCGCCCCAGCGUCGGAAGGCAGUGCCAGGGUCUGGCAUGCAGGUUGUGCCUUGGCCGUGGCAGUGGUGA